UUAUAUUUCUCCAGACAGCAUUACAUGCAGUAACGACGUCGCCACGAUGAUUCUAAUUCUCGCCGCUUUGAUAUCUGUGGUCGCCGCCCACCCAACCUCCCGUAUCGUGGGUGGUUCCGAGGCCGCCCCCCACAGCCACCCGUACAUCGCCUCCCUCCAGCGAGCCACCCUGGGCAUCUUCUGGUCCCACAGCUGCGGAUGCAGCCUGAUUUCUCCGUCAUGGUGUCUCACUGCCGCGCACUGCGUGGACGGCGCCAGCUCAAGUUCCCUGAGAGUCCAGUUAGGGGAACACAGUCUUAGCAGCAGCGAGUCAGGAGAGCAGAGGAUCGGAGUCAGGAGAGUUGUCAUGCAUCCUGGCUACAACGGCAACGCAGCCGGCUACCCCAACGACAUCGCCUUGUUGGAACUGAAUAGUGCUGCCACCAUCUCCAGCACUGUCCAGCUGAUCGAUAUCUCUCCAGAGGGCGCUUCCUACGAGGGCCAGGACGUCAUCAUUUCCGGAUGGGGAAGGACCGUCGGGGGUGGGACGCUCCCAGACCGGCUGCAAGAGGUCACCAUGCAGAAGAUAUCAAACGCUGAAUGCACCCAGAGGUGGGCCCCCGUUAGCGGAGCCAGCAUCAACGACCAACACAUCUGCAUCUACGACAGCAGUCAACAGGCUUCAGCUUGCAAUGGUGACAGUGGUGGACCCAUGAUCAUCAGAUCAAGUGGCCAGGCUGAUGUUCUGGUUGGUGUGACGUCAUGGGGCAUCAGCACGUGCGGAGGAGACUACCCAAGCGUCUACACGCGCGUCUCCGAGUUCAUUUCCUGGAUCAACAGCUACGUCGGUUAAAUUGUUGAUAAAUAAAGUGAUCAGCUGUUA